AUGGUGGAUGCUGCUGUGUCAAGCUGUUCUGGGAAUAAUGCCCCUAUAGAUGGAAAUGCAUUGCUACAGUGUGGAUCAGCCAUAGGUGCCGUCACUGCCAAUCCUGAUCAGCUCACAGAGGAGGCUCAGGAAGCUGCUCUGAAUGCUGCUACUGAACUUGCUGGAGGUCUAGAGGCCAUGGCUAAUGAAGGGGAGGUUGAUACUAGCCAAGUUGAGAAAGUUGGCACAGCCAUACUGGGAAUAGUAGCAAGCAAUGUGCCUAUGGAAGAGAAGUCUGGGGCACUAUCUACAAGCUGUGAAGACCUCCGAGAUGCCACUAAGAGAACAGUCUGUCAGAAACAGAUUCCACAAGCUGCCCUAAAGAAGGAAAAGGCUAAAAAACAG